AUGACAUGGGAAAAGCAGCGGGAACAGCUGAUUAGUCAGCGCCAUUUCUGCACGUCGCCAAGCGUGAUUCGUCGUAAUUGCGGCCCCAUCGAGUUACAGUGGAGAGAUAAUAUCCUCAACGGCAACUUGAGAUUGCCGCCUCCCUUCGAACCGGAUAACAUCGACUCCGCCUUUGUGGACGAGCCCUCUCAAGAGGUAUGGAAGAGCAAUCCGACACCAUCGCCGUCACCGACUCUUCCUUCGUCACCACCUCCGCGUACACCCACGCCCGAACCAGAACCAGAGCCUGAACCCGAGCCUGAACCUGAACCUGAACCGGAGCCUGAGCCUAAAGAGCCAACCCCUCCACCCACACCUCCACCUUCACCUUCACCCACUCCUUCAUUAGAGCCGGUGAAGGAACCCACACCUGAACUUGAGAUAUCGCCUGAACCAAGUCCAGUGCCUACCCCUGAACCUCCACGUGAACCUACACCAGAACCAGAGCCUGAACCAGAGCCAGAACCAGUGCCUGAACCAGGGCCAGAACCUGAACCACUGCUAGAACCAGAACCUGAACCAGAACCAGAACCAUUGCCAGAACCCUCUCCGAGACCUCGAGAGCUUACUGCAGACGAAAUUGCUGCACAGAGACGACGGGAGUACAGCGAAAUGGCUAAGCGAAGAUACGAAGAGUAUCAGAAGGUCGAGCAUGUGAUGCGAAAUCCAUCUAGAGUACGGACGCACGAAAUAGAGAGAUACAAGAGGGAAAGGGAUGGUGACAUAUAUUUAAGGCUCCCAAAGCAUAUGAUAUGA